CUGGUCUGAUAUACACACUAUAGAUAUAGUGUAUUUUUCCAUUUUACUUACUCCCUUGCUCUUAGAAUACCUACAGCCUCCCCUCCUCCAACAUGACAGAAACCCUCCGCCCUGCCUUCGCCGACCGUCCGCGGCCGCUGCUCUCGUACGGCAUCCCCUUCCCCGCCGCCGCCGCCCACCAUCUCGACGACCUUUUCCACGCCUCACGAGUCUACAUCAUCUGCUCCGGCUCCCUGGAGCGCAACACCGAUGCCCUGGACCGCCUCGUUGCUGCGGUUGGCGAGAAGAGAGUGGUUGGCAAGCGGGUUGGCAUGCGAAGUCACACGCUGUGGUCCGAGGUCUUGGAGGUCGUUCACGCCGCGCAAGAGGCAGAAGCCGAUUGCUUGAUGACUCUGGGCGGGGGCAGUUUGACAGAUGCAGCCAAAAUCGUGGCGCUGGCCCUAGCCAACAACGCGAAAACAACCUCCAGCCUCACCACCCUCCUCCCGGGCCCCACCCAAUCCCCCGACCUCCACCCUCCAUCUAUCCCCAUCAUCUCCAUCCCCACCUCCCUCUCAGCAGGUGAAUACAGCUCCGUCGCCGGCGCUACGGACGACUCCACGCACCGCAAGCACAUCUUCUCGUAUCCGACCAGAGGCCCGGCGCUGGUCAUCCUCGACCCCGCGCUGACGACGACCACCCCGCGCCGCGUGUGGCUGUCGACCGGCGUGCGGGCCGUGGACCACUGCGUGGAGACUUACUGCGCGACGCGCGGCACGACCACCGAGACGGACCAGCUCACCCUGCAUGCGCUGGGCCUGCUGGUGCCCGGGUUGAUCCGCACAGCCUGCGACCUGGCCGACCCAAAGGCGCGGCUGGACUGUCAGCUCGGGUCGGUGGACGCCAUGGCGGCGGUGACGGCCGAGCAGGCGGGUGUGCAGUUGGGCGCGAGCCAUGGGAUUGGUCAUCAGUUGGGUCCCCUCGGCGUCGGACAUGGCGAAACCUCCUGUAUUCUGCUCCCGGCGGUAUGCAAGUACAAUGCCGCGCAUGGUGCGAAUCGCGACCGGCAGGAGAAGCUGAAGCAAUUCCUCCUAAAACGGAAGGAAGUUGUCGAUGUGUUGCGUCGGCAGGGCAAAGCGGAACAUCUCGAUAAGGUCGAUCUGGGCGAUGUCUUGGAUGCGAUCAUCCAGGAGUUGGAUCUGCCUCGAUCGCUCAAGGAUGUUGGAGUCGGCAGGGAGCAUCUGGAUAGUCUGGCGGAGAGUAGUCUACAGGAUCCGUGGUGUCGAACAAACCCUGUGCCCUUGACGGAGAAGAGCCAGGUGCUGGAGAUCUUGGAGAUGGCCGUGGAGUGAGGCUGAAGGCAUUGAUCUAACGCACGCGGGAGGACUGAGUACUCUUCAACAUGACAUAAACAAUAGAUCUCU